AUGAACACGCUUGAUACAAAGAACCCGGAGCAGAUCGAAAGCCUUCUGGACGAACAAAUAUUCACCAAAAUCGAGUUCCAAGAAAGAAUUAAUGAUACGAUAUGCCGUGUCCUGUUUUAUUUCUUUGCGGGCUUUUUCCUUCUCGUGCUCAGUCUGGUGCCGUACUACUCGCUUCCCUAUUACAUGGACCAGCGAAUUAUUAGGCUUAUUCUGUAUGUGUCGUUCUACGUGUGCUGGUGCAUUGCCUCGUUCUUCAUUGCCGAGUCGCUUAUCAGGCUUGUGCGCUUAAAGGCGUUCAGCAUAUUCUACCAGAGCAAGUUCAUCAUCUUUCUUUUCAAAAAACAACAUUUCAGGAUGCGUGUAAUCUUUACGUUCAUAAUCUUCAGCACGUUGAACUUUUUGUUCCACAGGUUCCUGGGCCUUACAUCGAUUGAGGAGAAGUACUCGAAGUUUAAUCACCUGCUCACGAAAAUAACGGUUAUGGCCGGAUUAACAUUCCUUUGUCUGUUCAUAUCGGGCACAAUUGUUGAUUACCUCGAUUUCUAUUCGUAUCAAAUGAAUUACAGGAACAGAGUGAAACACAACAGGGAAGUGUUGAAGCAUAUACAGAAGAUAAAUAGGGCGUUGCCCAGGGAAAUCACUAACUUGGGGAAAUACGCGGCACAGCUCUUCGACACCAUCAUGCAUAUGAGCCGCUCGUACAAUUUUGAUAGUGGUGCAGAGAACAACACCUAUAGUGAAGUGGGAAAAGGAGAGGAAGAGGCGAAUGCAGAGAAUGCAAGCGUGAAGUCGACUAGUCCUAAGGCAGGAAAGCCCGAAAAAGAGGCGGAAGCAGAAGAGGAAAACACCGAAUCAGAAGAGAAAGUUAAGAAACCCGGAAACGAAAAGAUUGAAAGACGAGAGGCCAAAAAGAAGAAAAACAACAGAAACUACCUGGUAAGAGAAGACUUUGAUCGCUUGUUUUCAGAACCAGAGAUUUUCUCGCUUUUCGACUUCGAUCGGAACAACCUGGUGACACGCCACGAAUUUAUCAAGCGCUACAUCGCGCUUUUUGAAGAACGAGAACGCCUCAAACGGGCCCUUGAACAGAACAGCAACAACAUGGUGAAGAUCAAUAUUUUGAUCUCGUCCUUGUUCGUUCCAUUCAUCGUUUUCAUACUGCUCGUAUUUACCGGUCAUCUCCCAUCGUUCCAAAACUCUUUCACCAUGGCAGGCCUGGUCAUAUUUCCGUUCACAUUCGCGUUCAAGUCCCUGGUAGAAGAAAUUUUCACGUCCGUGAUAUUCGUGUUCUUCAUUAAGCCGUUCGAUUACGGCGACAUCUUUUUUGUCGAAGGCAAGAGAUACGAGGUCCUGAACAUCGGUAUACUCUACACCGACUUUCUUCUUGAUGACAAGUUCAUUACGCUGAAAAACAGCUUUUUCAAUGCAUCGCAGAUUUUCAACCUGAGAAAGUCGGACUUUAUCUCCACAAUAUACACGUUCAAGUUUGAUUACAAAUCGUUUAAAGAGAAUGAGCGGAAGUUUACCGAGAAGCUGGAUGAUUACUUCAACGAUACACCGUCUAAUUCGUACAAAUUAGGCAACUACAGUGUUGACAGGAACGUGAUUACGAUUACAUUGGAGGUGAAGAAUGUCAUACCGUACCAAGAGAUUGAUACGCUGGAAGAACGAAAUGAUGAAUUUGUGCUCUUUGUAAAUAACCUGAUCGAGGAGAUAAAUAUUACGCAAAUGUAAAAUAGUGAGUGGGACAAGGAAAUGUGUACGGUGGAAAGGACAAUUUUAGUAAACGAUCAAUAAUCAC